CGGAGGGAGGGGAAAGAGGCGAAAGGGAGUGGAGUGCACGGUUACCCGGGCAGCCAUUGCUAGAAAUUUGUACGAUAUCGUGAGCGUGAGCUCGAGUGUCGUACGGUAUACGAACGAAAAAUCUAGGAAGAUCAGCGGCCAUCCUCUUAGCAAAGUGGUCUGUGUAAAAAUCUAGACGCACACGAGAGCCUGGCCUGAUGGCUGAGACCGACAAGUUGAACAUCGACAACAUCAUCGCUCGGCUUUUAGAAGUACGAGGAGCCAGGCCAGGUAAAAAUGUUCAGUUAACAGAAGUGGAGAUUAGAGGACUGUGUCUCAAGUCGCGUGAAAUUUUCCUUUCGCAACCCAUUCUUCUAGAACUCGAAGCACCAUUGAAAAUAUGUGGUGACAUUCACGGACAAUAUUAUGACCUGUUGCGAUUGUUCGAAUACGGUGGUUUUCCUCCUGAAAGCAAUUAUCUCUUCCUGGGAGAUUACGUCGAUAGAGGGAAACAAUCGUUAGAGACCAUCUGUCUUCUUCUCGCGUACAAGAUCAAGUACCCAGAAAAUUUUUUCUUGCUAAGAGGAAAUCAUGAGUGUGCGUCCAUUAAUAGGAUAUAUGGAUUUUAUGAUGAAUGUAAACGUCGCUACAACAUUAAGCUAUGGAAAACGUUUACCGAUUGUUUCAAUUGUCUACCAGUCGCCGCUAUAGUAGAUGAAAAGAUAUUCUGCUGUCACGGAGGCUUGAGUCCAGAUCUGCAGAGUAUGGAGCAGAUCAGGCGUAUCAUGCGGCCGACAGACGUACCUGAUCAGGGACUACUCUGUGAUUUGUUGUGGUCCGACCCCGACAAGGAUACCAUGGGCUGGGGGGAGAACGAUCGCGGAGUGUCGUUCACGUUUGGUGCCGAAGUAGUUGCCAAAUUCUUACACAAACAUGAUUUUGAUCUUAUAUGCCGUGCGCAUCAGGUCGUGGAGGAUGGUUACGAAUUUUUUGCCAAACGACAAUUAGUGACUUUGUUCUCGGCUCCGAAUUACUGCGGCGAGUUUGACAAUGCAGGUGCUAUGAUGUCUGUAGACGAGACCCUCAUGUGCAGUUUCCAAAUUUUGAAGCCGGCCGAUAAGAGGAAGUUCACUUACGGCGGCCUGAACGCGGGACGGCCGGUGACGCCGCCACGGGGAGCGAACAACAAGAACAAGAAGAAGUGAAAAGCCUCGUCUUUUCAAAUGCGACGCUUAGGAACUUACGACUGCUACUUUUCGACCCACCAUUUGUUGAGAUGUUAAGUUCUUGUAAGACAAAAAAAAGGAGAGAGAGAGGGAGGGAGGGAGAAGAACAGAGAACGAGAGAGAGGGAGUUAUAUAUAAUAAUAAUUAUUAUAAUUAUUAUUCUCAGUUAUAAUUAUCAUUAUUUUAUUGACUACACUUGAAGCCCGCAGAGAGUUAGAAUCAUAAAUGUGUCGAUCGGAAAAUCCGGAGAGGCGUUGCUCUUCACAGAAAUUGUCGAAAGUAGUAAAUGAUAGCGUUUGUAACUAUAAAUGUUAUUGUAUAAAAAAAAAACAUAGUAACGACGAAGCCAAUAUAUCGACGACGAGAGGUGAUUGUACGAUCGCAGCAUUCUCAAUAGUAAUUGCAAAAAGUAAGAGCGUAACGUACUUUGAUUAUAGUUCACUUCUAGCAUUCGUGAGUCAUGAUUUCUGUUGAUCCAUCGCUUGUAUCUACUCAUCAGCCUGUAAUUGUUAAUUUAUCGAAAUCUCUUGAUAGUUUUUGUGGUAUAACAGAGUCGACAAUUAUCGCGCACUGUCACAACAUAAUCCUUGCUUCACAUUAGCAUGUACCGUAUCAUUAACGAGAAUAUCGAUAUUCUAGUAAUAAACCAGCAAUCGUCUAGACUUAUUUCUCUAAAGUAUGAUAGAUAAUUACAUAGCUCGGUACUUCCGUAAGUUGCACAUGUUUGUAAACUGUAUAUCUAUUAUAUCUCGUACAUAUACUUUUAUAAAUAUACAUUUAUAUGAAUUAUAAAAAAUACACAGGGCAAAGAGAGAAGGAACGUUCUUCGUUCCAGGAAUAAGAAUCAGAACGUUGAAUGAAUAAACUAAUGUACAUUUGUCGUUUUGGUCUCCUAUUAGCCGACAGAAGUAAGUAUCGCGAUUAUUCGGCAGCAAGGCUUCUCUGGAUUAAUUACAAUGACUAUAUAGUCCGUAAACGUGGACGAGUAUUAAUUAAUAAAGUCGCAUUGUAUAGUCAGUCUAUGUCAUCACCGUAAAUAAGGUUCUAAUUUCGAAAUAAUACCAAAAGAAAAAAAAAAGUUACGAUCGGGAGUUUUUCUUUCCCAAUCACGAUCAUGAACGAGGAUAGUUCUCUCCUAAACGAAACAAAUCAUCGACACUAAUCUUCUAUGCUAAACUAAAAUACACUUGACGACACUUGAUUCAUUGAAA